UACUGUAAAGUUUCUAAGAAACUUUGCAGUAUUGUAAUGAGUGGGGAGACAAAUUUGGGGGACAAAGGUCUUUUUUUAAACUGUCGCCAGCUGCUUGUACGAUCCCUGGGUACGAAAUUAACUUGCGACAGUGUCCUUCAGUUACAACCAUAUGGAAAUAAUUAUCCAUAAAAAUCAAUCGGAGGGGGGAGAAGGGUAUCUUCGUGAGCCGUGAAUGGUCAAUAUUUGUUCGCGUGAAACGUGACAUGCUUGAUUUUAGUGUCGUGAAAUGUGAUUUGUUCUAUAGCCGUGAGGCAUGAUUGUUGAUAAAAAUGCUCCGUGAAAUGAGAAUUAAGGAUGUCUGCUUCGUGAACUGUGAUUUUGCUUUGUUUAUUUCGAUCUAUUUUAUAAUAGUCAUAAUAAACAUGAUACGCGAUAAUCAAAUUUAUAUGAUCUCAGUCGAUUGCACAAGAGUAAAAACUUCGGAGGCCUUUCGCGAGGUUCCUGACGCUGAGCACCAGGUUCCUGACGCUGAGGACAACGUUCCUGACGCUGAGGACAAGGUUCCUGACGCCAAGGACAAGGUUCCUGACGCCGAGGACAAGGUUCCUGACGCCGAGGACACGGUUCCUGACGCUGAGGACAAUGCCUGACUCUGAGGACAAGGUUCCUGACGCUGAGGACAAGGUUCCUGACGCUGAGGAGAAGGUUCCUGACUGUGAGGACAAGGUUCCUGACUGUGAGGACAAGGUUCCUGACGCUGACGACAAGGUUCCUGACGCUGACGACAAGGUUCCUGACGCGGAGGACAAGGUUCCUGACGCUGAGGACAAGGUUCCUGACGCUGAGGACAAGGUUCCUGACGCUGAGGACAAGGUUCCUGACGGUGAGGACAAGGUUCCUGACGGUGAAGACAAGGUUCCUGACGGUGAGAACAAGGUUCCUGACGCUGAGAACAAGGUUUCUGACGCUGAGGACAAAGUUCCAGACGGUGAGGACAAGGUUCCUGACGCUAAGGACAAGGUUCCUGACGCUGAGGACAAGGUUCCUGGCGCUGACGACAAGGAUUCUGACUGUGAGGACAAGGUUCCUGACGGUGAGGACAAGGUUCCUGACGGUGAAGACAAUGUUCCUGACGCUGACGACAAGGUUCCUGACGCUGAGAACAAGGUUCCUGACAGUGAGGACAAGGUUCCUCAAUGUGAGGAUGUUCAGAAGUAACCUUGACCUUAUUUCGCAACCUUAUUAUCGCGUGAACAAUGACAAUUAAUAGUGCAUAAAUAUGUAGAUUGGACUUAUAUAUAGCCAGGCGAACUAGUAAACAGUUAGUGUAUGUAAAAAUUAAGAUUGAUACGAUUCGUAUAUAGAUAAAUAAAGUUAAAAGAUAAUUUCGACUUCGAACCAAAUUGGUAGCAGGAAAUGGUCCACAUCGUGUAAUUUAAUCGAAAAUGGCUGGCGAUAAUGAAUUCGAACAGCCAACUACAGAGUUAACAGCGGGUUUACAACAAUUAUUUGUCGAACCAGAUGAAUCUGAUGAAGCGGAGAAUCGCCUUCAAGAGUUAAAAUAUCAAAAAGCAAGAGCAAAGACAGCUUUUACAAAGGCAAGAAAUCAAUUACUGAACUUGCUCGACGAAGAAGAGUGCCCAAAUCGAAAGCAGAUUCGGGAAAUACGACGAAAGUUAAACGAGAAACAAGAGCAAGCUUUUGCAGCAAUUGACGCAUUAGCAUGCGAGUAUUCGAGCACAACGGACAGAAGCGCUUUAAAAAAAACUACAGAAGAGAUAGAAAAACUUGAAAUGGAAUUUACAGAUGCACAGAAUCGCGUUCAAGUUUACUUUGAUAAUACCUUGGAUGAUUCAUCGAGUUGUAUAUCACAGAGCAGUACGAGAGAAUUCGAGCAAAAUCAAGUCGAGUUCAAAACCGAGUCAAGCAAUGCCCGUGGAGGCCAAUUAGUAGAUGAGCAACAAAAGACUAUGUUACACCAAGAACCAGUUCGUUUCGUUAAACAAUUUCAAAGCACACCGUAUCACAAAUCGACAACAAAAGUUGAACAGAACACGAUUUGCAACGAUUUGUGGAGACAAUUAAAACGAGUAUCUAUACCAGUAUUUUCAGGCGACAAACGUAACUACGAGAACUGGAAAGCGACUUUCAUAGCGUGCAUCGAUCAAGCCCCAGCAAGCCCAGAGUAUAAACUCUUACAACUUCGACAGUAUUUAUCUGGGGAAGCAUUAAAAACAGUUGAGAAAUUUGGGCAUUCUGCAAUCGCUUAUGAAGCUGCCAAAGAAAGAUUGGACAGAAAGUACGGCGGUACGCGGCGACAAGUUGCUCUUUACUUAGAAGAGCUCGAAAAUGUUAAAGCCAUUCGUCCAGGGAAUUCAAAAGACUUGGAGGAAUUUGUCGAUAUUUAUCGAUGCUUGAGCGAAGUUCAUACUGGCAGUAAAUGUACGAAAAGUAGAUGUUGCGGUGUCGAUGGUUGUACAAAAACUCAUAACAGAUUGUUACAUGGAUAUCCUCAAACUGAAAGGAAAGAAAUGGAGAGCAAUCAACGCGAAAAUUGCGAAAGAUUACCAAGAAAUGGGAGAUCUAUUUCUCAAGCCACUCAAACUCUUCCUACCACGGAAGGGGAGCAUCCUACAGAGGUUGAGAGAUCCCUUACUACGCGAGUCGAGUCGAAGAUAUCACAACGACAAGAGUUCCUUGCAAUGCGGACAGUUCCAGUUAUACUAAUAAAUGGGAAUCGUAAAAUGACAGUGAAUACUUUAUUAGAUGAUGCUAAUACGAAGACGUAUAUAAAUGCUGAUGUAGCCGCUGAGUUAGGACUUCACGGAAAUCUUCAGAGGACCAACGUGAAUGUCUUGAAUGGUCAAAUAGAAACAUUUCUGACGAUGCCUGUUGAGUUCAAACUGGAAAGUCUGGAUGGAAAAGUCAACACUACUAUGGAAGCUUACACAACCGAAAAAGUAACUGGUGACAUGAAGGUUGUAAAUUGGAAUCAGUAUGCGACAAAGUGGAGUCAUCUUAAGGAUAUUGAGUUUCCAGUUAUUGCAUCGAAGCCUUUUGUGGAUAUUCUCAUCGGUCUUGAUUACGCAGACCUUCAUUAUUCCGUAAAAGAUGUUCGAGGUCAAGUGAACGAGCCAAUUGCCAGGCUUACACCACUUGGAUGGACAUGCAUUGGAGUCCCACAAGAUGAUCAGUUAUGUCAGCUAACUAACUUCAACCGGACUUAUUUUACGCGAAAGGAUCACAAGUUAGAUGAAGUUGAUGCAGUGCUUCGUAAGUUCUGGGAAAAUGAAAAUGUUGUCUCGAUUGAGAGUGGACCUUGGCAGAAAGAAGACCAUCUAGCAUUGCAGAAAGUGGAACAAUCGCUCAAGUAUGAAAAUGGAAGAUAUCAAGUAGCGAUUCCUUGGAAACGUAGUGAGCCCACAGUCUCAAACAAUUACGGUAUGGCAUUUCGAAGACUACAGAAUACCGAGAAACGUCUCAAGAGGAACAUAGAAUUAGUGGGAGUCUAUUCGGACAUAAUUGAACGCUAUAUUCAGAAAGAGUAUAUUCGAAAG